CAUUCCGAGAGAUCCAUUAUUUAUGUUCGUGUUACGUAAUCGGAACGUAAAAGCCACGGACUGCUACACGCACGAGCGACGCAGCUCGAACGUUGCACCGGCACUUAUUUAAUCGACGGAAUUGGUGGCCAUUCGAGGGUCGUCUGGCUUGUCUCGCGUGCUCCAAUUCGCGCGUCGUUCGCCCUCGAAAAGCGCAAAAUGUUACUCGAAUAACAGAUGAUGCAUGAAAACAACGCAGUGACCUUUCAACCGUGUACUUUCGAUCGAACUGUCACGCUAUUCUUCCGCCACGAAAUGUACACGAAUAAUACAGAGAAAUAAUUCUGAAAUGCGUGAAACUGAAAUCGAGGGGAGAAAGUGGUGACGGAUAUCUGAUAAAAGGUCGCGUAUCUUUUAUCGGUGGUGGGAAAAGUUCAUCUAGAUAAGAAUUUUGGCCAUCUCUGGUUCGCCCACGCUCGAUAGGCGAACAGAGAAGUCGCUCGAUGUCCUGGCUGACCGCGAACGCCGCGGUCGCGUCGAGGCGGCAUCGUGGGGAGAGGGACACGCUCGCGACGGAAUGGUAUCGCGCACGUGAAACGUGGACAGCAAUAGUCGAGUGGUGCGGGUGCUCGUCAGGUGCGACGAGGAACGUGAAAUCGGCGACGAUUCGAUCAUGCGAAAAACGAAGAAACGUUCGCGUUUCGUCGAGUGCGUUUGCCGACGGCCGAGCCUGGUGUUGUUGCUGUUGCCGGCCGGUUUCCUGGCGAGCCUUUACGUCGCUUCAACCGAGGAAGGUUACGAGUUCGAGCCACGCUACCCCUCUCUCUACGGGGCGUACAACGUCACGGAGGGAUUGGUGGACGGGUACCUGGUAUGGAAUCCGAGAUGCCAGAUGCUGUCGAAGGAGCCGCUGGACGCGGCGAUUCGCUCCUACGUGAAGAAGGAGAAAUUCGAAAAUUGCUCGAACGAUAUUUAUUUGACGAGUCUUGUUCGGGAGGAGAAUGGCAGCAUGGUACUGUUCGUCGAUCCAGCGGCCACUGCGCUUCAUCCUGGCCUAGAGUGCUGCUGGUCAGCCAUUCUCCGACCAGAGAAGCGGCUAAAGUCUGGCAAAGACAAGGACGUAGAGUUGUCGGUUGUGGUGAAGGAAUGCCAAAAAUUUGACGGUCAGACGAUCGUUCCCGGUAACAUUGAAGCAGCGUUGGUCACUUGCAACUCUAAAGCGAAGAACCAAGCGUCUUCCGCCAGCGGGAAACCCAUCUACAAGAACGUUCACCCGGUCCUAAGUACCGACAAGGUCCGCGAACGCUGGCGUCGCAACGAUAGCCAACCAGCGCUGCCCAUCCAACUUUCGCGCAAGCUCAGCGUUCUCUUGCUCGGUAUCGACAGUGUCAGUCGACUGAAUUUUCUGCGUAGCGCGCCAUCUGCCGACAGAUAUCUGCGCGAGACUGGCUGGGUUCGCUUGGACGGAUACAACAAAAUGGCGGACAAUACCUUCCCGAAUCUGAUGGCGAUACUGACCGGUCAAAAUCAAACCGAGGCCUACACGAUAUGCAAGCCAACCGUUCCCUACAAACUUGACCAGUGCCCCUUUCUUUGGCAUAACUUUCGCAACGCCGGAUACGUCACGGCCUAUGGCGAGGACGAGACCACUCUGAGCACCUUCAACUAUCUCAAAGUCGGUUUCAUGGAUCCGCCAACUGACUACUACCUGCGGCCGUACAUACUAGCCUGCGAGAAGCUGCUCAAGGUGAAGAAGAGAUUCGGCCUCAAGUACUGCACCGGUCCCGAAACCAGCUUCGACAGAAUCCUGGACUACGCGUUGGAGUUUGCCCGCAGCUUCCUGGGGCUACCGUACUUUGGCCUGUUCUGGACAACUAGCAUCAGUCACGAAAAUGCGAACGGUUUGUCGUCGAUGGAUAGCCGGCUGCUGAGCAAACUGAAAUACCUGGAACGCGAGGGUGUGCUGAACGACUCGAUGGUCGUGUUUCUCAGCGACCACGGAAUGCGUUGGGGUCCGAUCAGGAACACGCUCGUAGGUUGGUACGAGGAAAGGCUUCCGUUCAUUUACAUUUGGCUACCGGAAUGGUUUCGCCUGGAGCGCCCCGACGCAUAUGCGUCGUUACGCGCCAAUGCUCGUCGACUCACCUCGCCAUUUGACCUUUACGAGACGCUACGCGACGUGGUGGGUCUGUCGGGUGGCAAGGCAAAUCCGUCGUCUGCGUGUCCGGACUGCCAUAGCCUCUUGGGACCCAGGCCCGUGCCUCUUCAGAGGGGGUGUUCGGACGCUGGGAUUUCUUCUCAUUGGUGUGCCUGCACUGCGUUCAAACCAGCGGAUCCACGCGAUCCAAUCGUCGAGAACGGCGCGAAAGCCUUCCUCGAGCACACGGAGAGCCAUCUAACCGGGUACAAGGACAAGAAAGGCCACCGUCUCUGCUCUAAAUUACGCCUAAAGAAGAUUCUUCACGUGGACCGUGCCAUCGACUUUGCUAAUUCGACGGACUUAGUGUUCUUUUAUAUGUUGCAAGUCACCCCUGGAGACGCCAAGUUCGAGGUGACGGUUAGAUACCACGAGAACGAGACUUACACGGUCUCCGAUCACGAAGUGAGCAGAAUCAACCCAUACGCCUCCGGGGCUAAGUGCCUCGACCACGGAAUGAAACAAUAUUGUCAUUGCGUCAGAUAGGACAGAUGUCCGGCCUACUCAUGGCCUGCUAACGAAGUAUCUAUUUUAUUUGGGUACCUCGAGUAAAAGUCAAUUGUGUUGUCUGUUCGGUCGUGGAGGGAUAAUCUGACUGCGUCUGGAGCUUUGAGUUUGCCUUGGUGCUGUGUAUUGCUUGCUAACUCUACGUUGGACGCGUGAUCACUUCUCACGCGUUAAGGUGCAUAGACCACAAUCUUCGUUCGCUAUAUAUGCGUUAUAGUAUUUUGUGUUUUCUGGUGAGGCAGCGCUACCGAACUGUAGUCCACGCGACCACUGGAAGACCUGUUACACCUAAAAGAGUCUGUGACAGGCCAUUGUUUAUAAUUUUGUUUUGACUAAGCGAUUAAACUUACGAAAGUUUGACCAACUCUUAUGAAAAAUUCAGAACGUUUGUACACACAUCAUUCAAAAGUAAUUGGAUGCCUCGUUUAUAUAAGGAAAUGUUUGUAAAGGAUUAUAAUAUGACCAUCGAUGUACCGAUCUUAUAAUUAACCCAUUGGCCUACAACCACGAGUGAGACUCGUGGUAAGAAAUUUAAUUCAUAAACAAUAAGCACGUGUCCGACUCGUGAUGCUUCGUUCGAACUUCCUAUCUUUUUGUUUAGUAUGGUCUGAGGAAUCGGGAAAUAGCGUGUAGGUCAAGGGGUUAACGUACCGAUUUACAGUACCAGAUGAUUUUCCAAUAUAUUCAACUAAAAUCAAAAACAAAAGCAAUGCGUAAAGUGCAAAGGAAAUCAAGGACAAAUCCUUGUCAUAGUCGUUUUUCUGAAAAAUUAAUUUUUAACCAAAUUGCAGCCAUUCGAAGAUGAAAUAACGAUUUUUCGAGCAAAGAUUGCUUAUGUUCCGGCGACUAAAAGAAAACUGUAGCCCAAAACAAAAACUUCUAUUAUAAGGACUGCGUGAUGCGACCUAUAAUAACUAGUCUUCCUUGCGACCCGCCCGCGUCUUUGUUAUACGCUACUGUGAGUAGUCUCCCGCGCAUUCAACUUGCGCACCACGCGUCGCCUAUUUCCUAACCGACGCGACAGUGCUGGCACAGUAUAAGUACAACCAGUAGCGUCACUUGGCAAAAGCAGCAUCCGCAAUGUGCAUACCAAGAACAUGGCGACGACGCUGUUUCGUAUAUUGUACACUAGAUGGUACUAAUAGUAACCGACACCACGCGCAGCGUCACACGUCGCACAAUGGGAUAUUUCACCAAUCUAGCUGGCGAAAAGAAAAGGAGUCCCCAGGUUUAUAUGAAAUUUCGUAUACAAGGGUUUUUGGAGUCGUAGAUUACGAAUCUGAUAUAAAAGAACAAAAAAUCAAAAUGGCGGAUCUAAUAUGGCCGACUUGUAUACUGAGAAGUUAGUAGAUUUGCAUGAAAUUUCGUAUACAGGGGUUUUUGGAGACGUAGAUUACAAAUCUGAUAUUAAAAAAAUCAAGAACUCAAUAUAAAUUAAAUUUAAUAAAAAACAAAGACAUAUAUUUUGGUAUUAAAAAAUUAAAAAAUGUACAUAUAUAUUAAUGUCUGUAAAUGAGUCACCAGUCCUCAUCAGACGAAACUUCAUUUUUAUCCAACAGCUGCAGAUUAUCGUCUGAUGAUGAAUUCGAUACGAUACAGAAGCAAAAGUUUAUCAAGUUUUAUUGAGGAAUUAGAGUUUAUUGGAAACUAAAUAAACUGUAGCAUGAAACUUGUUUAUAUCAAAUUUGUAAUCAGCAACUCCAAAAACUCUUGUAUACGAAAUUUCAUGCAAAUCUGGAAACUCCUUAGUUUGGCCAACUAGAUUAGUGAAAUACCCACAUUACCUUCUGUUACUUUACACUAGUUUAUAACUAAGCCAAUUUUUAAUAAAAUCACGCUUUUUCGCGGCUGUUUUUUGCAUAAUAGGUUAGUAUAAACACUAAGUUUUAUGUCUGAGAUAAAAUAAUUACCGGGACCAACCCUGAAGUAGACUAAACUCCUUUUUGUUGUUUAAAAUUAAAAUCAAAGUAAGAGUAAAAAGGUUAUUUUUAAAGCCUUUUUUAUAUAAAUUAAAAGAUACAAAUAAAAAAUAAAACGGUUAAAUUAAUAGAUACCUACCACCUUUAACACAAUCCAUAAUUCAUUAUGGUCAAAUAUUCGCACAAACAAAAAUGUUCUCUUCUGAAAUACAGCAAAUACAAUUUUAAGAAAGCACGAUGCUUACGUGAAAAACACAUUCAGAUACGAGUGACUUGCUCUUAAAGCCCGGUUGUUAGAGUUGCGAAAUGGGUGGUUUUUGAUCGCUAAAUUUGUUUGACAUUACCAGAAGACAUUACUUUUUAAGUAUUAUAAACUUCAAAAACUGCACUUUUGGCCAGCUAGAUUGGUUAAAUAUCCCACUGUGCGUCGAUUCAAUUUAUUGCUCAGUGUCACAGUAACAUACUGUGGCAGCGUGUUUACGUGUGGUGUGUCGUGUUUUAUUUUUUUUCUAAUUAUUAUUUUUAUUUUUCACUUAGUUUCAUAUGAUUACUCGCAUUACUUUUAUGUUAUACUUAUAAAUUUGUAAUAUUUUAAACUUUGAAUUUGUGUUACUUAGUAAUCUGAAUAUCAUUAGGUCGUCCUAAAAGUUCGUGCCAUUUAUACUUCUAUUUCUCAAAUUAAUAUGUGAAACAUACUCUUAAGUGUCACAAGAAAAGAUAAUCUGUUUCAUUUCACAAUAGUUUCUUACCUCUCUCACAUAGUCAUUAUACCGUUACUAGAAAACUUCUGUGGUUUUUUAUUAAAUUUCGACACAGUCUUCAGCACGAACUUAUGGGACGACCUAAUAUUUUUACAAUUUAUAAAAUAUAUAUAUUGUAACGCGUCGCCCUUGCACGGAACCCGUAACGACGUCACCCCUGGGGGGGAAAACCCCGUACGUACGCUCGGAGCUAGACGCGGUGCAAAGUGUCUUGUCAGGUAGCGCCGAGGAACCAUAAAACUUGUACUCUCCAUGGUCCGUGCUCGCCUACAAAAAGGACAACGUUUUUGCAGUCAAGGCAGUCUGAGAGUAAGACAAACCAAGGCUAGUGAACCAAGUAGUGGCGAAGAGCACAGAGGACAAAACUGACUCUUUACCCUACUCGGCAAAACCAGCAGCCUCCGGCCCGAUAAGGGAAACUCUGUAGGAAGAGCCUAUGCACGAGUGUGGCACAGCCGAUAACGCUGACCACCCAAACUCUGCACGGUGAAACCUGGAGUAGCCACCCUUGCGAGCCUACCUCUGAACCGUCGCGUUUUCUAACCGCUGCCUAGCAAGGCGCUCUGCCCGCGGAUUCGGCGUCUCAAUUCCUGCCGCGAACCGACAAACAACCCCGCCGACAAUCUCGGCCGUUACAAUAUAUAUAUAUUUUUUAAAUUCUAGCACUAAUGUUCAGUGUUUUAUACAUACCGUUUGCAAUUGCCUUUCUUUUUCUCUCAGUUUAUGUAACAUGGCGGACCUCGGACACCAACAUCAAAGGUGCCGACACGGACUGACACUACUGGUUGUACUUAUACUGUCGUGUUGGCGUUCCUGUAACGUUGGGACACGUUUCGUGCCUCCUCCGAUUGUAAAAGGUGUAAAAAAGUUAACGGUCACAAUUUUCAGAGAUGAAGCUACGCAUUUAGAUCGGUGGACACUUGUCUAAAAAAAUAUUUUCCACAAAAUUGAUUAUGAUUUAAAAAUACAAAGUCAAUUUUCUUUCAAUUUCUAAAUAUUCUACUCGAAAGGAAGGUAAAAAGCUUCACAGGAAGCACAUAUCGCAAACAAACUGUAUCUAUGUAAAGAACUGUUAAAUUUAGAAUGUAAUAUAUUUAGAAAUAAGCGAAGUUUGACUGUAAAUUUUAAUGGAUUUUGCGCAAAGUUUUUUAAAGGCAUGUUCGCCGAUCCCGAUGUAUAGAGUCACCUCUGAAAGUCUUCUGCAUUUGUACAGUUAUUAACUAUUUACCAUGGCGUGUCAAAGAAAAGUUGAUCUCGUGACUGUCACGAUUGGGAUCGUAGAAAUUGUUAUCGAUCGAGUGUGGCAUAAAUAAAAACAUGUUAUAGACAUAGAUUUAACUCUACUAAUAGAGGUACAGUUUACUAAUUCUUGAGACGUUGUGGUAGCCAUUUUGAGAUACAUUUUGCCAACGGAGACGUGACCUUGAACAGACAAUAGAGUUGACUUUUACUUAAUUUUUCCAAGGCCUUUCGGAUCCACGAACGCCUAUUAAUAGUGCCAAAUACGAUCUGCGUAGAUCGCAAAUCUCUGCGUCUGAAUUUUUUUUUUCAAGCGAUUUCACGUUCUUUAUCGUCGACGGGAAUCCCCUAGUCGAGAUAUCUGUGAUCGAUGGCAACUUACAAAAACGCUGCAUAAACAAAUCGCGAAGCAUAUCGAAUCGAACCGCGCGCGAAUAGUACAUAUCCAUGUGUAUAUAUGUAUGUGUAUGUGUAUGUGCUCCCAACAAGCAUAUACAGGGUGGACUACGUAAACGUGAUCAUCUAAAUAUCUCCAAUACUUAUAAGUGGAUACAAAAAUCUGUAUACAAAAACCAACGAAACGACAAAAGAAAAAUUCCCCGGAAAGUUACGUUUUGUAAGGUUCCAACAUCGAUUCCUUUAAGAUGCCAAUUUAAGAUACUUUUACAAUAAAAUAGAUAAGUAUUUACAUCGAAAAAUGUAGGUUUUGUACAGUUCCGCUUCUCUUAUAUAAUCAUGAUAGAAGGUCAACAUCAUAUGAAAAAGUCUGAAAAAAUUUGUCACGGCGAAGUUCCAUUGUUUUAAAGGGCACUUAUAAUGAAACAAAAGAACAAGAAUAAUUAUUUUCGGAGUCUUUUUUCAUGAGAUGUCAAUGUCAUCAAUGCUUUUAACAUGGAACGCUGCAUUUUUUACGUUAUUGUAUAAUAGUCAAACUCAAGACGAUUUCAGAAUAGUAUAGCACUAGGUUAUUCAAAGUCUCUUAACCUCUGUUACUCACUGUGAGAGCGUAAAUUAUAAGGAAGUGUUUGGUCGGCAAACGCUUAAGAGGGUAUCCUGAAUUAGGAGGUCUAAAAAAACCGGUUUUUCGUCAAUUUUUUUAGGAUGGAAAAAAAUAAUUCAUUCUAUCAAACUUUUUACCCUAUUUUCAUACAUAUUUGAGUAGUCUGUACAAAUUUUAUCAACAAGAAAUAUUCAAAUUGACUCGACUGCGACCCACAUUUGUAGAGCAGCUCACAAUUAAAACCUCCUAUCGGCGGGAAAGAUGCAGGUCGCAAUUUUUGUCUGACACAAAAAAACCAAUAGAAAUUUUCAUUUUCAUACAUUUUUCUUCUAUGUGAACUAAGAAAAUUCAUACAAAAAAAUUUUAAACAACUUUCUUUAUCAAGUUAAAGUGAUUUUUUUCACCCAAAGAACUCGUUCUUUUUUUCAAACUUGCAGUAAUUUCACAUUUCGCCAUUUUUGCAGGUUUUUCUUAGUUCACAUAGAAAAAAAAUGUAUGAAAAUGAAAAUUUGUUUUGUUGUCUUUGUGUCAAACCAAAAUUAUGAAAGAAAAUUACGACGGUUUUAAUUGUGAGGUGCUCUACAAAUGUGUGUCACAGUCGACUCAAUUUGAAUAUAACUUGUUGAAAAAAUUUGUACAGCUACUCAAAUAUAUAUGAAAAUAGAAUAAAAAGUUUGAUAAAAUUAAUUAUUUUUUUCCAUCCUAAAAAAAUUGACGAAAAACCGCUUUUAUUAGACCUCCUAAUUCAGGAUACCCCCUUAACUCUACAGUUGACUGCUGCCUCAGCUGCGUGUGCAGGCCUGAACGUUAUUGAUGUGCCCUCUUUUGUGAUCUUCAAACCUAAGCUUUUUAUCACCCAGACGUCGAAGCCGGUUGCGCCCCUUUUAUCAUCGAGACACGAGAUAAAAGUUCGCCUAUCUGUGCCGUCCAACAUUGUCAACAUGCCGCUUCGUUCCGCCCCCGAAUUGGAUGGUGCCAGCGUCCGCAUAUGGAAGGCCGUACUAUCUACCAUCAAAAUCCUACUCUUCAACGUCGUACUCGCGGCAGGCGGUUGUCCAUCUUCGAUGUCGGCCUGAAGGAUGAUAUUCGCGCAGAAGAAAUCCAGUUCGAUUUCUCCAACCGAUUACCAUCUUAUCUCUAUAACAUCGGUAGUCGUCAGACACCUCCAACAAAAUUCUGGCGUUGAAGCUUCGCGCAUCCAGUUUAGGGGGGUAUUCUUGUCUAGAGCGUAAAUUUUUAGUUCUUUUUAAGGGGCGCAUGAGCCAGAGCCAAACUCCGAAUUGACUUCAGCGACAGUUGCGAAAAAGUAGGAAACUCCGGGACAAGGACAGAGAGGGGGAUACAACAAUUGCAGGAGAGACGAGGACAGGGCGAUUAGGCUAGCAUGAUUUUUUUCCAGGAUAUUGAAGCAAAGAAGCAAUAUUUUCUAAUAAUUCUGCUUUUAAUAUAUUCGUUACACUUUGACGGAUGCGACUUCAAGGCCUGAUUUUGCAAUUUCGACCUUAAAACUUUAUAAACAAUAAAAGUACGUUUGCUAUCUUCAUUUUAUUGGUUAUAAAGUUUUAAGGCCGAAAUUGGAAAAUCAGGCCUUGGUGUCGCAUCCGCCAAAGUGUAACGAAUAUAUUAAAACCAGAAUUAUUAGAAAAUAUUGCUUCUUUUCUUCAAUAUCCUGGAAAAAAAAUCAUGCUAACCUAAUCGCCGUGUCCUCGUCUCUCCUGCAAUUGUUGUAUCCCCCUCUCUGUCCUUGUCCCGGAGUUUCCUACUCUGGCUCCUGCGCACGCUUAAGGAUUUUUUUUUAAUCCAUGAGGAGUUUUUAUAAAGGGUUCUGUACACAUACUUGUUCACAUUUUAAGAACAUAUACAAUUGUUUUGGAGGUAAAAAGUAAUCGUAAUUAAAUUCUGCUCAAUCUGAAAAUUUACGUUUCCAGAGGGAGUUAGAUAUAUGAAUAAUAAUGUAUCAGUACUAUUCUGUUCAUUUAUGGACUCAUGACACGGUACGCUAUGUCCACAGUAAACAGUUUUUAUAGUACGCAUUCCUUUUCUAAUCUAUCUGUAAAACACCGCACGAUUCUGAUCGAGUUUUAUGUUUUGAUGAAGUUAUGAAAAUGUUUGAUUUCACAGUAUAUUUUCAGGAAGCAAUACAGGGUGUUCCACGCAACUGGAACCUGUACCUCCUAAACGGUAGGGAGUAGAAAAAAAUUAUAAGUGAAAGUGAAAUGGUAUAGGAUAGGUUUCGUCUGAUUUUUUAUUAAACUGUUCCUUGUAAAAUUCCGCAAUGGGGCACAAGGCCCGAUUUUUCAAUUUCGAUUUGAAACAUGAUAAAAAUACGUUUAAAGGCGAGCAAUUUUUUGUGGAUAUUUUUUCAAAAAAAGGGUACAGUCUUCGGUGACUUUGAAUGACUUUGUAUUAUACCAUUCUGAAACUGCUUCAACGGCGGCUGUUGCAUAAAGAUUAAAGAAAUAUGGUUUUAUAUUUAAAAAAAAAACAUCGAUGACCUUGGAAUUUCACAAAAUAAUGAUAUUAGAAGAAAUUAUGUUUCACCAUUAUAAGUGCCCUUCAAAACAAUGCAAGUUUACCCUGACAGAUUUUUUCAUAAUACUAUAAAUAACGAAAAUAUUCAAGGUGUAACAAGUCAUUACCCCACUCGAUUUGUUUUCUUUUGUAGUUACGUCACUGCGUAAACGAAAAUACUUUCAUCUCAAUAAAGAAAUUUUGAUGACCUUGAAAUCUUCCACAAUAUAACACGAAAAGAAUUUAUUUACUAUUAAUUUAUUUAUUUACCCUUUGAAUGGCUUAUCCUGCUUUCAACAGUUUCCUAUACGUACAUAAGUACGACAGACAAUUGAAUAAUCCCAUUUACCCGGUUCACCUUGUAUAUGUAUGUAUAUACAGAUACACAUAAACACGCGUGCGUAUAUUUUACUACGUCUUUAAGCGCCGUUUACUUUAGAAUCGAGGCACGCUACGACUAAAUGAAUAAUAUCGAGAAGAUUUGAAUAGUUUCGCGCGGCGCGCGAUUAUCUAGCAACGAUCGUUUUCGAAACUAGCUAAGGUUCGAUGACAUGUACAUAUAAGAAAUAAACCAUUUUUCGUAAAAAGAGUUUGAAAAUGUGUUUUCUUUAGGGCUAAGAAUCAAUUGGUAUGACACUGUUACAAUUUGCAAUUCGCGGCUUGUAGGUUUCUGUGUAGGACGCUGUUAUCGCGUUUUGUUUCUCUUUAGACGGAGAGCUGGCUACGAAAAUCACGAAUGAUAAGGUGCAGUGAAAAUUUGUAUCUAGAAACACACCUUACUAGAUGACAAAGCCCAUAGCGCUGCAGCCAGAAGGCGCUCCCGGGGCUGGAAGCGUGGGCGGGCGGUCAAACAUCCCAGAUAGCACAGGGACGUCUUACGUACGUCCAUAAUACGUCCGGUACUGGACGUUCGAGACGUCCUAUGGAAGUCCAGAUAACGUCCAAACGUCCCCUGAACGUCCUGUGAACGUCCCUGGAACGUUCUCUGUACGUCCCUGAGACGUUCAGUGUGGACAUUCCCAAAACAUUUUCCGAACGAUCGAAAUGAACGUUAAAAUGAAAUUUAUGUUUAGAAGAUGUGUGUAUUGAAUAUUUGGACAAUGUUGAAUAAAUUUU